AUGUGGACAAUAUCACCGCAGUAUCACGUCGUCGACAGCAUCACUAAGCUGACAAAGAUUGCCCGCGAAGGCAGGUUUCCGAUAACGGACUCCGAUACACAGUACAGCUUCACGAAUACGUUGACCACACUCAAGCUCAAAGACAGCACUCACCGGCCGCCUACCGAAAUCGACGUCUGCAUCCUUUCCCGACUUCAGACGCCAGGCCCGAGCACCAGGACAGCUGUCAGCCCCAAGGCCCAGACCGUACCUACCCCGCGCGCGGGAAGAAAGUCGAUGGAACAUCCGGGUCGGAGGCACACACGCGCACACACACAAUGA